AGUGGUAAAGGCGGUUUCGCAGUAGGUCGGCCAUUUCAUCUUUAUAAGCACGCAUCUCAUCCCCCCUUCUCAUUCAUAAUUGAGAAAAACAUCUCUAAUUCGUUUCAUCGAUUCUCGUCAAAGUUUUAUUCGAAUCUCUUUCUCUCAUUCAAUCUCUCAUUCAAGAUGCAGAUCUUCGUUAAAACCCUGACUGGCAAGACCAUCACCCUCGAGGUGGAAAGCUCCGACACCAUCGAUAAUGUAAAGGCUAAGAUUCAGGAUAAGGAAGGGAUCCCUCCAGAUCAGCAGAGGCUCAUCUUCGCUGGUAAGCAGCUUGAGGAUGGCCGUACCCUAGCCGAUUACAACAUCCAGAAGGAGAGCACUCUCCACUUGGUCCUCAGGCUGAGGGGUGGAAUGCAGAUUUUCGUCAAGACCCUUACCGGGAAAACCAUUACCCUUGAGGUGGAGAGUUCCGACACCAUUGAUAAUGUCAAGGCCAAGAUCCAAGAUAAGGAGGGCAUUCCACCAGACCAACAGAGACUCAUCUUCGCUGGUAAGCAGCUCGAGGAUGGCCGCACCCUUGCCGAUUACAACAUCCAGAAGGAGAGCACUCUCCACUUGGUGCUCAGGUUGAGGGGUGGAAUGCAGAUUUUCGUCAAGACCCUGACCGGGAAAACCAUUACGCUUGAGGUGGAAAGCUCCGACACCAUUGAUAACGUCAAGGCCAAGAUCCAGGAUAAGGAGGGCAUCCCCCCAGACCAACAGAGGCUGAUCUUCGCUGGUAAACAGCUUGAGGACGGCCGAACAUUGGCAGAUUAUAAUAUUCAAAAGGAGUCAACUCUGCACUUGGUGCUGAGGUUGAGGGGAGGCAUGCAGAUUUUUGUUAAGACGCUGACCGGGAAAACCAUCACUUUGGAGGUGGAAAGCUCAGAUACAAUUGACAACGUGAAAGCAAAAAUUCAGGACAAGGAAGGUAUCCCUCCUGACCAGCAGAGGUUGAUCUUUGCUGGAAAGCAGCUGGAGGAUGGGAGGACUCUUGCUGACUACAACAUCCAAAAGGAGUCUACCCUUCACCUUGUCCUCCGACUCCGUGGUGGCCUGUGAAGUUGCUGUUCUUUUGGUCGUUCUAUGAUGGUGUCUGUCCGUUGAUUGUGAUGUUUCUUUCUUUUGUGUUCGAUCGUUUUCUCUGUGGACCUGUGUUUGGUUUCAAGUAGCCAUUUUUGAAUGGUUUAUUUUCUCUUUGGUUUGAAAUAUCGCUUUGCUUAGUCUCUCUACAAUUUAAGGUUGAUGGGAAAUCCAAUUCAUGAAUAAAGUGAAGCCUUUUAUGUAUUUCUUA